AUGGCAGGAUCCAUCCCCGACCUCUCAUUACCAAACAGCCCUUUCUUUAAUAUCUACAGCGAUGCGCAUAUAAUCGCCAAUUCGCCAGCUCUUCCCGGUGGACCAUGCAAUUUCGUGGACUUAACUCGCGGUGCCCAGGGACCUAAGUGUGGAUGCCGUCGUUUCUGGAGUCGCGGCGCUUUCUCACCCAGGACAAGCAGAGGGAGCUCAGUAGGGAUUUCGCCAGUAUAUGCUCCUGGAUACCCUAAUGGAAAUACCGGAUCCGAUGAAUCUGCUUGGUGCAUGUGUUCCCAUCAUGCUUGUUUUCAUGAUGAUAUUCGCGAUAGCCAACCUCCUGUCACAUCCACAGCUAAUACUGACGUCGCGGACAACGGCCAGGAAAAUGAGCGGCCUAGGACCAGUAGGGAGCCCCUCACACCAGUAGUACCGGAUCUUUCUUUUAAGAUGCCGGCGCCAGCGGAUCCAAGUAUAGAUUUUUAUACGUUCAAUGAUUUCCCUUUUUCAAAUCUCGCGGAGCAGGAGAACGCGCCGCAGAAUCAGGUCGCGGUGCCUCUACCACCACCCUCUAUCCCGGAUACGUUAAGUUGGACCAACCUAAUUCAAUCUGAGCCAGACGAAGGAAGCCAACUCCCCCCGAUCCCAAGCCAGUGCCUGAUCUCUUCGCAGCCGAGCUCUACGACAUCGUCUGCUAGAGUGGGAUAUCUGCGGCCGUUUGCCGGGAAAGGACUGGGAACACUAAGUAGUGUCAGAUCCAAGUUAUGCGAGCCUCCUUUAGAACAGGAGGACGAAACCCACCUACAGGAGGAGAAUACCAAUGAGCCCAAUAUGGAUCAAUCCUUGGAUGAUGGACAAACGGUCGCAAAUACCCCAAGCUCUUGUAGGCAUGAAGAUAUAGCUGAGAGGCAGAGCUUAUCUCCUCCUGGACCCGAUCGACAGGCAAUCAGGCAACUGUCCGACGCUGUUCAAGGACACGAACAGCGAUUAGACCGGCUCGAGAAUCCAUCUGUUUCAGUUGUUGGUCAUGAUGGCUGUGAUGAGAAGCACGAUCAGAGUGACUUAAGAAUAACUGAACUUGAGUCGCGCGUGGAAGAAGUUGAGAAGUUAAUUAACGAUGGCACGCAGGUUUCUGAUCAUCGCACCCGGCGCCUAAAUGUUAAUGAGUCCAUGGCCAGUAUAGCAUCCGUUUCCACCGUCGGAAGCGAAUACGUGGCGAGCCGUGCAGAGCUUUAUAGUCAACUUCAGGCCCUGAAGUCCCAGUUAAGCCAACUACAAGGCUUAUCGUCCUUCCCAUCCUACACUCGCCCAUGGGAAAUUGAAGUUAUCUUUUUGCCUUUUCCUUUGAAGAGUGUAUGGAUGGAAUUCCACGACUACGCGAGCCAACGCCCUUCAGGCGGCAGUGUUGAACCUGAUCAGUGGACGCAGCUGCCUAAUAGUUCCUCCGUUUUGGAGUCUCAGUCUGCUGAAUUUAACGAUUGGGUCGGGCCCGAGCUUGAGUCAGAGUGGCUGCUAGCUCGGGCCUGUGCGCCAAACCGUGUUAUCGAGCAACGACUCAAGAGUCGGGGUCUUGUUAAGAACGUGACUAUUCGCGGCUCAGAUGCUCGAAGCGUUCAUCAAGCCAUUUGUGAUGCAUUCGGAACUUUGUUCCGUACCUUCUCCCGUAUGCAAGCAAAUGUUCAUCAUGGUUCGACUCAACACUAUCGCGUGACCAAGUUUCUUGGUCUUCAGUCGCCAUGGGUACCUUUGCGCAAAAUACAUAAGGAUUCAAGACUACGAUUCCUAUCGCCGCCCGAGAUGGUCACACCGGUGAUAUGGGACGUUCCAUUUCUCCGCUCAAGCGUAGUCAUGAAGGCGACCGGCACCCAACGCCUUUUUAUUACCCAUCCUGAGGCGUACCUUCAGGAUCAAGAUGCGUACGAUAACGGGUGGAAUUGGCAGCGGCUGCGAGAAUUAAGCCGCGUUUACGCAAAUUCUCAAAGUACCUGUCAGGAAGUUCCCGAGGCAGAUGCAAUGGAAGAUUGUUGGGCGUGGAAUGACAAUUUCGACGAGCAUCCUGCAAGCACCAAUACAUCCCAGUCUAUUAGUCUCCGACAGACAGCACAGCGCAAUUGGCAUAGGAUGUCUAUGUCGCCGGCCCCGGGUCUUCUCACGGAAACUGGCCGACCGUCCCCUUCUCUUGGGACUAAUCGCUCGACUUCCCGCUUUAAAUCUCCGGCAAUGCUUAGAGAACGCAAAGGCUCCAGACCACCUCAUGUUCGCACAAACUCUAUGCCACCAACAGCACAAACUCUUGAAUCACCUACCCAAGCGAAACGGCGAGUGACAUCAUAUGUUCACCAAUACGAGCGCCGCCCGUCACCGCAAGUCGUCCGGUUGAUUCCUGCAACGGGACAUAUCGCAGCCCUCGCAAAACGUCGAAGUACUCGAUCACCAUCAGUCCGACCGCGGAACACGCCGCGUUGGAGUACGGCAUCGCCCAGCCCGAUACCCGAAGUUUUUAUUGCUCGUAAUUCGACACCAUUCUAUGCUACGCCGCAUAGCAACGCUCCCGGCUUCGAAGGACGGGCUGGUCGUAGCGUAGUUAUUGUCGACGACGGUGGUGAUACGGGAGAGAGCGGUAGCGGAACCGAACACCACGAUGGCGAAGAAUGUAUGGACGAGGACGAUGACGACUCAGCCGAUGAUAGCCCUAUGGUCGACUUUUCACACCCAAAAGAGUCCGAGGAGUCUUGGCAAGAUGGGCAAUUGCAUGGUGGACCAGAAGACGAGGUAUGGCCAGGCAUAGAAGACGCAGAAAACCACGAUCCCGAGCUUGGAAUUGAUAUCCAUGUUGAUAAUGACGCUAUGAGCGAUGACAAUAUGAGUCAAAUUUCUAGCGUCCCAAGCGAGUAUCCUAGCAACCAGCCGGCAUUGAUGGACGCCGAAGAGGGUUUCCGGGUUUAUGAAGAUGGUAACCCAGCUGGGAAGCGAAGCCUUUGA